UGCCUCUAUGACGUCACCGCCCGGGGUUGUUUGCAGCCCGGAGGGGGCAGAGCCCGAGCUGCGGCUUCUAGUUGCCUGUCCGCUGCUUUUUUAGCCAACAUGAGCGGCCUGGAGCGGGAGGAGGGGACCCCUGACCCCCACAGCCAGGACCUCACCCUUGCCGACUGUAUCCGGGGAGAUCCGGGCCGGUGCGCUGCGACCCCGCUGAGGGCGGAGACAGGUGAGCGCGGUACGGAGACCGCGGCCAGCCCCGCGCCCCAUCCUGUGCGUGUCGCGGGCUGUGGCCUUUCCCCGCAGGUCCAGGACGGGAUGGGGCUCCGCAGCGAUCUGAUGGCGACGGGACAGGAAGAGACCCCGCCGACCACCGGCGGCCUGGAGCCGGCUUCUGUGCUGGUGACACCGGAGGGCAGCCCGAAAGCUGGUUGUUUUCAAGGUGGGGAGAAGGCCCUGGAAACUUGGGGUGCGGAAGGGAUGGUGGCGGCUCAGGCAGAGGAGCUGAAGACUCAGAAGUGCCCGAGCUCAGUAACAGGGGAAGAACAGAGGUCUGAAGUGCUGAAGGCAGGCGUGAAGGCGGUAGUGGAGGAGGUGAUGGAAGACGUGAUGGAGGUGGAGAAACCAGCAGGUGAGGAAAUAGAGAUGACGGAGGAAAACCGAGUGGUGAGGGAGGUGAAGGAGGACGCAGGACCCUGGGUCCUGGAUAUGGCUCUCCGCAUGAACCCUCUGGAGGCCAUCCAACUGGAACUGGACACUGUGAAUGCCCAGGCUGACAGGGCCUUCCAGCAGCUGGAGCAGAAGUUUGGGCGGAUGCGGCGACACUAUCUAGAGCGGAGGAACUACAUCAUUCAAAAUAUCCCAGGCUUCUGGAUGACUGCCUUUCGGAACCACCCUCAGUUGGCCUCCAUGAUUAGGGGCCAGGACGCAGAGAUGUUAAGGUACAUAACCAAUUUGGAGGUGAAGGAACUGAGACACCCCAGAACUGGCUGCAAGUUCAAGUUCUUUUUUCGAAGAAACCCCUACUUCAGAAACAAGCUGAUUGUCAAGGAGUAUGAGGUCAGAUCCUCUGGCCGAGUGGUGUCACUUUCCACUCCAAUUAUAUGGCGCAGGGGCCAUGAACCCCAGUCUUUCAUUCGCAGAAACCAAAACCUCAUCUGCAGCUUCUUUACCUGGUUUUCAGACCACAGCCUUCCAGAGUCUGACAGAAUCGCUGAGAUUAUCAAAGAAGACCUGUGGCCAAAUCCACUGCAAUACUACUUGCUAAGGGAUGGAAUCCGGAGACCCAGACGUCGCCCGAUAAGGGAGCCAGUGGAGAUUCCCAGGCCUUUUGGGUUCCAGUCAGGUUAAUCUUGGCCUUCGGGAGUACAGCCUCAGCAGGUCCCUUCCCACCUGUGCUUGAGCAAAAGUAUGCUGUUGACCCUUCUGCGUCCUCUGCCUGGAUACUUGUUCCUCAGAACUGAUUGGACUGUUGUGGACGUGCCCCUCCCACUUUCACAUGACCUUCGUGUAUUAGUAUCUUUGGUUCGUGGCCAUGGUUUACACCACCUCUAAACUGAUGAAAUGUUACUGUAGAUUGCACUACCUUUACACUGCUUGGACCCAGUUUUUCUGUCUAACCUGCUGCCUUCACUUGUAUUUCUGGCUUUGUCUAGGGGAUAUUUUCUCUUUGUCCUGCUCAGCAUGUGGCAGUAGGGGCACAGUUUGUAAACAAAUACUGGCCAUUAAUGAUGUCACAGAACAAUAGGCUUUCUGUGUGAUUUUUGUUGCUAUACUUUUCCUCUGCUACUGAUUACUUUCUAAUUAUUGCCUGCUGUCUGCUAUAAGCCUCCAUUGGCUGUGGGCAAAGUUCCUCAAUAUCGCUUUUUCUUCCUUUCUCCUGCUAUUUUAAAGAAAAAGUAGUUCAGAAAAUCUUCAAAAGCAGGCUUUUUAGUUCCUUUUGACACUUAGCAUUUCCAGAGAGGUUGCUUUGUAAGGUAGGCUACAGAGUUCUGACUGCCCCCCUCUGCUCUCUUCCAACUCCCCAGCCUGUAAGCGGCUUACAGGGAGACAGAACUAGACAGUCAGAGGUGAGAGCUACUGCAUAGUGAAUGGAAGAACUAAAGAGAUUGUGAUGGGCGCCCUAAGCAGAGGAAAGUGAACUGAAAAGGCUUAGAAUCAGAAAUGAGUCAUAAAACUUGGGAAUGAAGACUGGUCUGACUGAUUUUGCCAGUGGUGACAGGAGAAGAAAUACCUUCUCAGGAUUGCAUAGAAAAGUCCUAGAGAGUUUUGAGUGAUAAAAAUGUUGCUUAGACAAUGUUUCUUUAAAGAAUCAGUGCAAGUUUGGAUUUUGUCUUUCUAAUAUGUGAACUGAUGUAUGUGGAAAUUUAAUAUUGUGCCCUUAUUUAAAAUAUUUAGUAAAAAACUGCUUCUGUUUGCUAGGAAUAUUUAACUGUACAGGCUUGCUUCUGCUUUUUGGAACCAGUUGGAAGAAUAGUCUUUGCUUUAUAAUACUGAGGCUUAAAUGAAUAUUCAUAACAGUUUUCAGUUUGAUUCUGUUAGUCUAAGUUCUCAGAAACAGUUUGAAUAAUUUGGCCUUUAUCAAAUUUGUCAAAAUUAUCUUUAUGGAAAAAUAAAUAUAUGACUUGGUUGUCUUGAUUGUCUUUUAAAUUGAACAGCAGUUCUAAGAUUACUCUGUCAAAUUAGAAGUGCACCACAGGCAUAUUUGUCAUCCUUUACAUGCAUGAUGGUAAAUAAAAGCAUGCUACUUUGCUA